AUGCCCAGUCCAGCCCUCGUUAUGCCCAGUCCAGCCCUCGUUAUGCCCAGUCCAGCCCUCGUUAUGCCCAGUCCAGCCCUCGUUAUGCCCAGUCCAGCCCUCGUUAUGCCCAGUCCAGCCCUCGUUAUGCAAAGUCCAGCCCUCGUUAUCCCCAGUCCAGCCCUCGUUAUCCCCAGUCCGGGCCUCGUUAUGCCCAGUCCAGCCCUCGUUAUGCCCAGUCCAGCCCUCGUUAUCCCCAGUCCAGCCCUCGUUAUCCUCAGUCCAGCCCUCGUUAUGCCCAGUCUAGCCCUCGUUUUCCCCACUGCAGCCUUCGUUAUCCCCACUCCAGCCCUCGUUAUCCCCAGUCCAGCCCUCGUUAUCCCCACUCCAGCCCUCGUUAUCCCCACUCCAGCCCUCGUUAUCCCCAGUCCAGCCCUCGUUAUCCCCAGUCCGGGCCUCGUUAUCCCCAGUCCAGCCUUCGCCUCACGGUGUAACGCAGGACAAUGA